GGUGAUAAAAUGGCGCCGUCUCGUGGCUGUUUUAAACAUUGAAGACACGAGGCGGCAAACGGGAAGCAGUGAGUGCUGUAGAGGGUAGUGAACUGUAGUACCGGCGUGGUUUUCAAGGACAACACGAGUUCACGUCCAACACAGGACCGCUUUACAAAAAGAUGUCUGCCACAACAUAGACAUUCUCACGGUUUAUAGUGUGUGUGUCGUGAAGGUGAGAGAAUGGACAUCAACAUGGUGUUGGGAGGUCAGGACAGUGUGCUGUUGGCUAGCAGUCCUGACCAGGCGGUCAGCCGUCUUAAACAUCCCUGUGAGGAGCAGGAUCGAAGCUGCAGCCCUUCUGUCCUGUGCUCUGUGACCAGCACAUGGAAGGACGGCCUUCUGAACCGGAAACGGCCAUUUGUUGGAAGAUGCUGUCACUCUUGCACGCCCCAGAGUCAGGGGAGACUUUUUAACACCAGCAUCCCCUCAUUAGGACUUCGCAAUGUAAUUUACAUCAAUGAGACACACACAAGACACCGAGGCUGGCUGGCCCGGAGACUCAGCUAUGUGCUCUUUGUCCUGGAGAGAGAUGUCCACAAAGACAUGUUUGCCCGCAAUGUGGUAGACAACGUCCUCAACAACACCAGGGUGCAGAGCGCUAUAGAGGAGGUGGCAUCAGAGACAAAACCAGACCAGAAGGCCACGAGUAAAGUGAGGCGGAAGGCCAGAGGCUUUCUUCAGGAAAUGGUGGCCAACAUCUCCCCUAGCCUCAUCAGGUUGACCGGAUGGACGUUGUUGAAACUGUUUAAUGGCUUCUUCUGGAGCAUUCAGAUCCAUAAAGGUCAGCUGGAGAUGGUGAAGAAAGCUGCCUCUGAGUACAAUGCUCCACUGGUCUUCCUGCCUGUGCACAAGUCUCACAUCGACUACCUUCUCAUCACCUUCAUCCUUUUCUGUCACAACAUCAAAGCCCCGCACAUUGCAGCUGGCAACAAUCUCAACAUCCCCAUCUUUAGCACGUUGAUUCGCAAACUGGGAGGAUUCUUCAUUCGCCGUAAAAUGGAUGAGACCCCAGAUGGAAAGAAAGAUGUUCUUUAUAGAGCGCUGUUACAUGCGUACGCAGAGGAGUUGUUGCAGCAGCAGCAGUUUUUGGAGGUUUAUCUAGAGGGCACACGUUCUCGCAGCGGAAAGCUGUCUCCAGCACGUGCUGGCAUACUGUCCAUCGUGGUGGACACCCUGUGUGCCGGUGCCAUUCCAGACGUGCUCAUCGUGCCCGUCGGCAUCUCCUACGACCGCAUUAUUGAGGGCAACUACAACAGCGAGCAGCUGGGAAAGCCCAAGAAGAAUGAGAGCCUGUGGGGCGUGACCUGUGGUGUGUGGAGAAUGCUCCGGAAGAACUACGGCUGCGUGCGCGUGGAUUUCACUCAGCCUUUCUCUCUCAAGGAGUAUCUUGACACUCAGCGAAGUCGAAAUCUGCCAGCCCCUCUUACUCUAGAGCAGAUCCUCAUCCCGACCAUCAUCGCAGCUCGGUACAACUUUCACACGUUAUUCUAUAACUUUUUUUUGUAUAAGCUUAUACAUUUAUCUUAUGGUGAACGAUGUAUUUUCCUGCACAGGCCAGAUGAAGCUGUGUUUAAUAGAGAAGAAGAAGAACACCCGGAUUCCAGAGAGCUGUCUGAUGAGCCCUGGAGAAGGCAGGUCAUCUCUAACCUGGCCAAGCACAUUCUCUUCACCGCCAACAAGUCUUCCGCAAUCAUGUCUACUCACAUUGUGGCCUGUCUCCUGCUGUACAGACACAGACAGGGUGUGUUGUUGUCCAAGCUGGUGGAGGACUUCUUCAACAUGAAGGAAGAGAUCCUUUCAAGGGACUUUGAUCUGGGUUUCUCAGGGAACUCUGAGGAUGUGGUGAUGCAUGCUCUCAACCUGCUAGGAAACUGUGUGAACGUGACCAGCACUAACAAGAACACCGAGUUCAUCAUUGCCCCAAGCAACACUGUGCCAGCGCUCUUUGAGCUCAAUUUCUACAGCAACGGCCUCUUUCACGUCUUCAUUGCUGAUGCCAUCAUAGCUUGCAGCGCUCUGGCCAUGCUGAGGGAGCAGAUCACAGAAGGUGAACUCGGUACCUCUUCCACUCUGCUCAGCCAAGAGAGACUCAUCUGCCGAGCAGCAGGGCUCUCCCACUUCCUCUCCAAUGAGGUCAUCAUCGCCCUGCCUUGUCAGACUGUCUACCAGGUCUUCCAUGAUGCCGUGACCAGACUGAUCCAGUACGGAGUGCUGAUUGUUGCAGAUGUGGAUCAGGAGGAGCUGAGCCCCUCAGAGGAACCCUGGCCUAAGAAGUUCCCAGAGCCUCUGUCCUGGAGGAGUGAUGAGGAGGACGAGGACAGUGACUUUGGAGAGGAGCAAAGGGACCGGUAUCUGAAGGUGAGCCCGUCCUCUGAACACCAGGAGUUUUUCACUUUUAUGCAGCGAGUGCUCAGCCCGGUGCUGGAAGCCUACAGCGGGGCGGCCAUUUUUGUACACAGCCUGCUCUCGCCCAUGACUGAGAGAGAGUACACACAGAAGCUCUUCAAAUACCUACUCACACGCACUGAGAAAGGGGUGGCAGCCUAUGGAGAGAGCGCUACACACUACCUCGUGAAAAAUACAGUCAAAACAUUUAAAGAACUGGCGGUGCUGAAGGAGCGCUGUGAGAAUGGUGUGUGUCGUCUGGAGCUGAGCGCUACGUUCCAAACUCAGGCCAACAGAAACAAGCUCCUACAGUACAUCCUGGGCUUCGGCCUGCUGUGAGCAAUCAGAUUCGUUUCUCCGCCUUGCUCAAGGGCUUCUACAGGCUACAAUAGCUAUCAAAGGUGCUACUCUAUGGAAGAUCUACCUAGACGUGCCUUCAGCAAACACCUAGGACUGGGUCACGGCCAACGUGCGCAAUUAAUUUUUUUCACACCUGUGACAUAGGAUGGUUAUGCAGCUAGCGUAUGUGUUGUGAUAUCUGAUUUUCUGCUUUUGCUUUAGGUUUUGUUUGAGUCUUAUUUUAGCUCAGAAAAGUACAGGAAUGUCUCACUAUGUAUAUAAAUCGUCUUCAAUUGAAACCAGUGUACUUGUUUGGUGUAGAUAAUUCAUUUUAAGGGCAUUAAACUGACUAGAAUUGCUGGGCAGCCUGUAUAUAGAAAGUGUAGUUCCUAUCUUUCCCAGACUGUCCUGUACAUGUAGAGUGUGUGUGUGUGUGUGUGUGUGUGUGUGUGUG